GGAGGCUCCAGCAGGCUUUCCUCCGUGCGUGUUGGGGGGGGAGGCUACAGGGCCCCCAGCGUGCACGGGGGCUCCGGCAGCUACUCCGUCUCCUCCCGCGUGGUCUCGGGGCUGGGAAGUGGCUUUGGGGGCAGCUACUGCAGCAGCGUAGGAGGGGCCCUCGGUGGGGGCUUUGGGGGCAGCUAUGGGGCCAGCUUUGGGGCCGGCUUUGGAGGGGGCUUUGGAGGUGGCGAUGGCAUCCUGCCGGCGGGGGAGAAGGAGACGAUGCAGAACCUCAACGACCGCCUGGCCGCCUACCUGGACAAGGUGCGAGCCCUGGAGGAGGCCAACACCGACCUGGAGGUCAAGAUCAGGGAGUGGUACAAGAAGCAGGGCCCUGGUCCCGACCGGGACUACAGCCCCUACUACAGGACCAUUGAGGAGCUCAGGAACAAGGUGCUGGUGGCCACAGUAGACAAUUCCAACCUCCUGCUGCAAAUUGACAAUGCCAGGCUGACGGCUGACGACUUCAGGACCAAGUUUGAGUCGGAGCAGGCCCUGCGCCUGAGCGUAGAGGCCGAUAUCAACGGCCUGCGCCGCGUCCUGGACGAGCUGACCCUGUCCAGGGCCGACCUGGAGAUGCAGAUCGAGAACCUGAAGGAGGAACUGGCUUAUCUGAAGAAGAACCACGAGGAGGAAAUGACUGCCCUGCGCGGGCAGGUGGGAGGCGAGAUCAGCGUGGAGAUGGACGCUGCCCCUGGAAUCGACCUGACCAAGAUCCUGGCGGAGAUGCGGGAGCAGUACGAGAGCCUGGCGGAGAAGAACCGCAGGGACGCCGAGCAGUGGUUCUUCAGCAAGACGGAAGAGCUGAACCGGGAGGUGGCCAUCAACACGGAGCAGCUGCAGAGCGGCAAGACGGAGAUCACGGAGCUGCGGCGCACGAUCCAGAGCCUGGAGAUCGACCUGCAGUCCCAGCUCAGCACGAAAGCGGCCCUGGAGGGCACCCUGGCCGACACGGAAGCGCGCUACGGCACCCAGCUGGCCCAGCUGCAGGUGCUGAUCACCAGCGUGGAGGAGCAGCUGGCCGAGCUGCGCUGCGACAUGGAGCGCCAGAACCAGGAGUACAGGGUCCUGCUGGAUGUCAAGUGCCGCCUGGAGCAGGAGAUCGCCACGUACCGCCGGCUCCUGGAGGGCGAGGACGCCCACAUGUCCUCCCACUACAUCACACCAAAAGAAGGACACUUUCUCCUUUCUGCCCUGGAAAUAACGGUCCCUUCCUUCCCCAUUUCAGGGCCUGUAACCACCCGCCAGAUCCGCACAAUCUUCGAGGAAGUGCAGGAUGGGAAGGUGAUCUCCUCCCGGGAGCAGAUCACCCAGGCUGCCCACUGAACCCUCGGAGCCCACUGAGCCUGGUUUGCUGCAAACCUCGCCCGGCACAGCAAAGCAGAUCCCAGCUGACGUGCUCCGGCCGUGUGGGUCAUGAAAAGCACCUUCUCCCUCUCUCACCUCCCUCCUUUUCCCCUCCCUCACCCUUUUCUCGGCGCUGUGCCACACGCAGAAAUCAAAUAAAGCUUCUCCUCACACUCCUGCAAA